AAUUUGUUUGCGUUAUGCUUAUGUCAGAAAUAGCGUGGCAUUAUUCUCUUCCAAGCAACAAGCAAGCAGCUGGUCGUUGAAGUCAUUUUUAAUUUGUUCAAAAAAUAUUAGGCAACGUUUAUGACAGCGGUAGUAAAUAUAAUGUGUGAGAGAACUGAUCAUUUAUCAUGGGAAGAUUACUUUAUGGCGACAUCAAUUCUCACAUCACAACGAAGUAAGGAUCCAGUCACACAGGUUGGUGCCUGUAUUGUUGACAAAGACAAUCUCAUAUUAGCAGUAGGUUAUAAUGGCCUCCCACGGAAUUGCAAAGACAACGAAUUUCCCUGGUGUAAGGACAAGCAAAAUCCUUAUAAUGAUAAAAGUAUGUACGUAGUACACGCUGAAGCCAAUGCAAUAUUGAAUAAAAACAGCGCAAAUUUACAAGGAUCUCGAUUGUAUACGACACUUUUUCCUUGCAACGAAUGCACAAAGAUUAUUAUUCAGUCUGGAAUCAAGGAAGUAAUCUACAUAUCUGACAAACAUGGCGGAAAGCCUAGUUAUCAUGCUUCUAAAAGAAUGCUUGACGCAGUGGGUAUAACAUAUAGACGAUAUGUACCAAAGAAAAAGAAAAUAGUUUUAGAUUUUGAUAAUUUUAUUCAGGACGAAGCAAUUGAUUUAAGCAAACUAGAAAUAACCGAAUAAUUGAACCAAACAACCACAAAUAAAUUGUUGAGUAAUGUACAACUGAAUUUCGUAGAAGGAUCUUAAGGAAACUUGUGAAGAGCAGUGUGUAUUUUAAUUAAUUGCAGAUUUCUUAACUCAGAAAUUGUGAUUUGUCAUGUAUUUAAAUCAUUUGUAAUUUACUUAAGCCAAUCUUUUUAUCCCGAAACGAGGUAAACACAGACAAAACAAUUGUAUUUAGUUUUAACUUUCCCCUCAAUAAACAAUGGCAACUGUCUUCCUAUACCUACAUAUAUAUUAAUUCAAUAGGAUGAGGGAAAAAUAGUCUUUUUGUCAAGCGAAUCUAUAAAAAUUGUGUAAUUUGUUUCUUAUGUAAAAAAUAAAUAUCGGGGAAAUAUUCAGCAUAUUGACCUCUUUUUGCUA